CGGACAGAGGACGUUCCCAAAGGCUGCUUGCGCCCUGAACAAGAUACGGCGUUUGGCUGAGUGGUUCGGGAACCUUGAUUCCGUCAUGACAUCUUGGAUUUCUGGUGCUCACGCGUAUUUUGCAUUUUGUUGGGGGUGUUGGUUCCAGGGAUAUAGUGGUUUGCUGCGCGUAUUGUUAUGUAGUGCGAUGGAUGCAGCGCUGAGCCGUCGGAGUAGAAAAGGCCUGGACAAUUACACAAUAUUUUCCGGAGCUUUGGAUUUAGUGAGUUCCUCAUGAAAUAUGGCCUUUUUGCACGUGUAUGAGUUCUUGAUCUACGCACACCCAAAAGAUCAUAUGAUGCGGCCCAGUGCCUGACUUGCUCCCAGAUCGU